UUCCAAUUUGUAUUUAUUAGUAAAAUAGAUUUUAUAUAAAUUGAAUUUCAAUGGCACCCGCACUUGAAUUUGAUGAAUGUGUCAAGGAUUCUCCGAUGUUCAGAGAAUUGCUACACAGCUCAGAAAAUGACACAUGUGCUCUCGAGGGUCUUUUGGAAAAGGUUUUAAAGCAAUACAACUAUGCAAAUGAAGCUGAAAAACAUUACAGUUCUGCAAAUUUAAUGUUGAAAGAAGUUAUUUUAGAAUUGAGAGGAUAUUAUAAAGAUGAUGAGUUUUUAAAGAAUAUUAUCAACCAGUUUUUACAUGUUUUGGAAGAAAUAAAUUCUUUCCACUCGAUCCUGGAUCAAGCACAGAAAUCGAUAAACACACGUAUGACACACUUCCUGAAAACAGAUGUCAAAGGAAAUCAAGAUCUGAAGAAAACUUUUGAUAAAGUUUCAAAUGACUUUGAUAAUGCAUUGAGUAAACAUGCAUCAGUCAGUCGAUAUAAACCCCAUGAAAUAGAAGAAUCAGAAACAUCUCUCGCUAAUCAUAAAACUACUUUCAGAAAUGUUACAAUGGAAUAUGUUUAUCAGAUGAAUAUGUUACACAAGAAUAAAAGAUUACACACUAUAUACCAGAUAACAUCUUGUAUGCAUGCAUUUCAAACAUACUUUCAUCAAGGAUAUGAACUUUUUAAAGAUGUUGAACCAUUUUUGAAAAAAACUGCCGAUCAGGUCGAUGAGUUAUCAACACAAAUUGAAACCCAAAAAACAGAAAUGAUGACACAAAGAGAAAGAUAUCAAGCAAUGGCAGGUGACAACAGCAUGUAUAUAAAACAAUUAGACUCGAGUUCUGCAAGAAUUAUUGAAGGAUAUUUGUUUAAAAGAGCAAGUAAUGCUUUCAAAACUUGGAGUAGGAGAUGGUUUUCUAUUCACAACAACAAAUUACUAUAUCAAAGCAAAUUGAAGACCCACCAUCAAGAAGAUCCAAUAGUUGUUGUUGAUGACCUUCGAUUAUGUAAUAUAAGAGUAGCUGACGAUGUGGAAAGAAGAUUUUGUUUUGAAGUUAUUUCUCCGAAUAAAAGUUUUCUUUUACAAGCUGAAUCUGAAGAUGUCAGGAUGGCUUGGGUUCACGCUAUUCAGUCCAGUAUUCAGGAAGCUUACAAGUCAUCAGCAGGAGAUGGUGAUGAAAUUUUCAAACAACAAAAUGAGUCACCAUCUCAAUCAAAUAAUGGGUUUAAAAAUUCUCCGACUGCUUCAAAUUCUUCCGGUGUGAGAGAAACCCAAAGCACAAUUCGGAAUUCUCAAAGUGAUUCUUCGCUCCUACAAACAAACAACAAACAAUCAUUGUUGCAAAAAAUAAUGGACAUUCCUGGAAAUACAUAUUGUGCAGAUUGUAAAAAACAAGAAGCACGUUGGGCAAGUGUGAAUCUUGGUAUUGUUCUAUGUAUUGAAUGUAGUGGUGCUCAUAGAAGUUUAGGAGUUCAUGUUUCGAAAGUUCGUUCACUGACUCUUGAUAGCUGGGAGCCAGAAGUUAUCGCUAUAAUGCAAUCACUUGGUAAUGACAGAGUCAAUGAAAUAUACGAAGCAAAUAUUGGUCAUAAACUAAUUAAACCAGGAUGUUCCAAUCGGGAUAGAUUAAGUUUUAUUCAAGCCAAAUAUGUCAGAAGAGAAUUUUGCUCGUUACUACCUGAUCAAAAUAAUGAAGCCAUCAGUCCAGGGAAGAAGUUAAAACGUUGGAAAGUACGGAAAAGUAAACCGAGACGAAAAAGAGAAAAACGACAGAAAGCAGAAUCGAUCUUACAAGAUGAUGACAAUGAAUUAUCUACACCUGCAUUAGAUAAUGAAGUAGCCAUUGAUGGGAGUGGAGAUAAAAAGAAUGAACCUGAUGUUUUUGUCUUUGGUAUCAGCAAAAUUCCAGAUCCUGAUGGAGACACAGAAGUAGAAAAUUCAGAUGUUGAAGACAUUGCAAACCUCAAUGCUAACCUUCUAUUUUAUAAAGCUGCAAAACUGGGGAAUCUACCAGUGAUGCUUCUUGCAAAAGCAAAUGCUGCAAAUAUCAAUUGGGCAAAUCCAGAUGAAAACCAACAAACACCAUUGAUGCAAGCAGCUAUGGGAGCUUCAAUUCGUGCUUGCGAGUUUCUGCUGAUAAAUGGAGCAAAAAUAAACACUGUAGAUUCAGAUGGAAGAACAGCACUCCAUUAUGCUUCAAUUAAUAAUAAUACAGGUGUUGCUUGUCAGUUUUUGAAAAGAAAAGCACGUCAUGAUAUCAUGGAUAAAGACAACUUGACUCCACUACAAAUUGCUAUCGAUGCUGCUAAUGCAGAUAUUGUUACAUUGAUUCGACUGAAGCAAAUGAAUGAUGAAAUGCUUGAUACUGAUCCAGGAUCUGUGCAAACUGACAGUCUCGUCACUGAUGUAUUUCGAGAUUUUUCUCAUCGUGCGGCAAGCCAUGAUUUAUCAUCACCAGAUGGAAUGAAAUCGCCUUUAUUUGAAGCUCAGCCGCAGGAGGAGCAGACUACAUCGAAGAAUGUUCUUGAUGAAUCGAAAGAUUCCUCCGACACACAAACUUCAACACCAAAUUCAAACAGUCAUACCAUUAUUGAUGAUGCUGAUAAAAUUCUUGCCUCUGAAUCGACUGUAUAACUUUAUUUUUAUCGUCCCAUUCCAUUAUUGAACUAUGUCUUGCACCGAUAACUUUAUUCUAACUAGGAGAUCAGAAGUAUAUAUUCUUACUAACAUUCUUUUUCAUCAAUUAUUAAUUCUUAGAAUCAGCAUAAAGAGACGCCUCGAAAUAUUACCAUUUAUCAUCACACAUUUGGUAGCAAGGAAAAAUAACUAAUUCCUCGUUUUUAUUUUAUGGAAGUUGCAAUACUUUUAUUCAUAUUUAUUAUAAAUGUAUUGUUUGAUUUUGAGGUUUUAACUUGAGAAUAAUCAUCUUGCAAGCAAUAAUAAAUGAAAUUACUUGUCUAA